AUGCUAGGCAAGUGUCGAUCUGGAGGUCCGCUCACCUCUCAUCGCCAAAUGCCCUUGAUGCACCAAUUUUUAGUUCUGUGUGCGUUUUUCAGUGGCACGCUCGCCAAAACCAUCGAGAAUGUUUUUACUACCUUCUACAUCACUGGAGACAGUGAUUCCUCUACUCUUGACGCGUUUACAGCGAACUUAGGCUACACCAUUACCCCGUUGAUGCAAGCCACGAAGGGCGACGUUUUCUACUUGGAAAUGCCUAACGUUCUGAAAGCUUACGGAUCCACCACUAUCGGAGAUGACUCAUAUAUUCCUCUUACUACAUCAUCCGGUAACACUCUAGCGAACUGUUUGAUUGUCAACGGAUUCACAAACUCGUACGCAUCCCGGCUCGAAUGUACCAUAGCAGUGUCUUCUGUAAACGCUGCCACCGGCUCUUUGUCUUUCGACUUCAUUGUGAAUGAUGGUGGAAGUGGACUGCCAGGUGCUUUGGUCGCAGCUAAUGCAUGGACAAUCGGUGAAAACACUGCUACUUUCAAUUCGUUAGAAGCAACCUUUUCCUUGACGACAUACUAUCGUGCUAAAACGCCUGUUACAAAUUCGAAAUUCAAUGGCUACAACCAGAGACUUCCAAACACAAAGUCUUUGCAGUUUGGUUACUACGUCGGAAAAGCAUGUCCCACUGGGUCAUCAGGUGAAAUUGUAACGAUGCUAGUGAAUGGUAGUCCCUCCCCAAAUGGGCAGAUCGAUUCUUGCGCUGAUGUGAAUGUGAGCAUAGCCAAUACCUUUAAUGCCUGGAACAAGCCUAUGGCUGCUACCACAUUGCCCGCGAACUCUUACGUUGUGCGCUGCGCUAGCAACUCAGUUGUUAUUUCUGCCACCGGCAUUCCUAAUGGAUAUCACAUGUUUUUCGAUGUAAAUCAAAUCUACAACCGGCAAUACACCGGAGACAUUACGUUUUACAACACUUAUCAAGAAACCCUAACCUGUGGCCAGUCAACAACUACCGCCAAAGUCACCACCACAAGUAUUAGUUUCGAUGGAGGAGGCGCAAAUGCAGGUGCCAGUUAUGAUGUGUUGUCAACCACAGUAACUUCACCAUGGCCUUCGAGCUACACUUCAAGUAAAACGACAACUUCUGUAACGGCCGGAACCGAUGGAGGUUUGACUCCGGUAGAAGUGGUGGUGAUUGAAGUUCCAACGAAAAUGAUCGCAUCCACUACGUACACUCCAUGGACUGGCACUUUCACCUCUACGUACACUACUGAUGUGACCACCUCUACUGGUUCCGAUGGCAUUCCAACCACCGAGACUCUUUACUACGUCGAGACCCCCGAGAACAAGGUCGUAUCCACGACUUACACACCAUGGACUGGUACCUUCACCACCACAUUCUCCACCGACGUGAGCACAUCUACCGGUUCCGACGGUAUUCCAACCACCGAGACUCUGUACUACGUCGAGACCCCUGAGAACAAGGUCGUGUCCACCACAUACACUCCAUGGACUGGUACCUUCACCACCACAUUCUCCACCGAUGUGAGCACAUCUACCGGUUCCGACGGUAUUCCAACCACCGAGACUCUUUACUACGUCGAGACUCCUGAGAACAAGGUCGUGUCGACGACCUACACUCCAUGGACUGGUAACUUCACCACCACAUUCUCCACCGAUGUGAGCACCUCUACUGGUUCCGAUGGUAUUCCAACCACCGAGACUCUGUACUACGUCGAGACCCCUGAGAACAAGGUCGUGUCCACCACAUACACUCCAUGGACUGGCACUUUCACCUCUACGUACACUACUGAUGUGACCACCUCUACUGGUUCCGAUGGCAUUCCAACCACCGAGACUCUGUACUACGUCGAGACCCCUGAGAACAAGGUCGUGUCCACCACAUACACUCCAUGGACUGGUACCUUCACCACAACGUUCUCCACCGACGUGAGCACCUCUACUGGUUCCGAUGGCAUCCCAACCACCGAGACUCUUUACUACGUCGAGACCCCUGAGAACAAGGUCGUGUCGACGACCUACACUCCAUGGACUGGUACCUUCACCACAACGUUCUCCACCGAUGUGAGCACAUCUACUGGUUCCGAUGGCAUCCCAACCACCGAGACUCUUUACUACGUCGAGACCCCUGAGAACAAGGUCGUGUCGACGAGCUACACAGCAUGGACUGGCAACUUCACCUCCACUUUCUCCACGGAUGUGAGCACAUCUACUGGUUCCGACGGUAUGCCAACCACCGAGACUCUGUACUACGUUGAGACCCCAUCGACUGGCUCUACCAUUUACACCCCAUGGACUGGUACUUUCACCUCGACCUUCUCGACUGGUGUAGGCACCACGACUGGAUCUGACGGUGUUCCAACCACUGAGACCACUUACUAUGUUGAGACACCUGCUAAGGGUACAACUGUGUACACCCCAUGGACCGGUACUCUCACUUCGACCUUCUCGACUGGUUUGAGCACUUUCACUGGAUCUGACGGUAUUCCAACCACUGAGACCACGUACUACGUUGAGACCCCAUCGACUGGCUCUACCAUUUACACUCCAUGGACUGGUACUUUCACCUCUACUUUCUCUACUGGUGUGAGCACUUUCACUGGAUCUGACGGUAUUCCAACCACUGAGACCACGUACUAUGUUGAGACUCCAUCUAAGGGUACCACUGUGUACACUCCAUGGACCGGUACUUUCACUUCGACGUACUCUACUGGUGUGAGCACGUUCACUGGAUCUGACGAUGUUCCAACAACUGAGACCACCUACUACGUUGAGACUCCAUCGACUGGCUCUACCAUUUACACCCCAUGGACUGGUACUUUCACUUCGACGUACUCUACUGGUGUGAGCACUUUCACUGGAUCUGACGGUAUUCCAACCACUGAGACCACGUACUACGUUGAGACCCCAUCGACUGGCUCUACCAUUUACACUCCAUGGACUGGUACUUUCACCUCUACUUUCUCGACUGGUGUGAGCACUUUCACUGGAUCUGACGGUAUUCCAACCACCGAGACGACCUACUAUGUUGAGACUCCAUCUAAGGGUACCACUGUGUACACUCCAUGGACCGGUACUUUCACCUCGACCUACUCUACUGGCGUGAGCACGUUCAACGGAACUGACGGUAUUCAAACCACUGAGACCACUUACUAUGUUGAGACUCCAUCUAGGGGUACCACCGUGUACACUACAUGGACCGGUACUUUCACCUCGACCUACUCUACUGGUUUAGACACUACCACUGGAUCUGACGGUGUUCCAACCACCGAGACUACUUACUAUGUUGAGACUCCAUCUAAGGGUACAACUGUGUACACUCCAUGGACCGGUACUUUCACUUCGACGUACUCUACUGGUGUGAGCACGUUUACUGGAUCUGACGGUAUUCCAACAACUGAGACCACCUACUACGUUGAGACUCCAUCGACUGGCUCUACCAUUUACACCCCAUGGACUGGUACUUUCACUUCGACGUACUCUACUGGUGUGAGCACGUUCACUGGAUCUGACGGUGUUCCAACCACCGAGACAACUUACUAUGUCGAGACUCCAUCUAAGGGUACCACUGUGUACACUCCAUGGACCGGUACUUUCACCUCGACCUACUCUACUGGUGUGAGCACGUUUACUGGAUCUGACGGUAUUCCAACAACUGAGACCACGUACUACGUUGAGACUCCAUCCAAGGGUACAACUGUGUACACUCCAUGGACUGGUACUUUCACUUCGACCUACUUUACUGGUGUGAGCACGUUCACUGGAUCUGACGGUAUUCCAAACACUGAGACGACUUACUAUGUUGAGACUCCAUCUAAGGGUACCACUGUGUACACUCCAUGGACUGGUACUUUCACUUCGACCUACUUUACUGGUGUGAGCACGUUCACUGGAUCUGACGGUGUUCCAACCACUGAGACCACCUACUACGUUGAGACUCCAUCUAAGGGUACCACUGUUUACACCCCAUGGACUGGCACUUUCACCUCCACUUUCUCUACUGGUGUAGGCACCACGACUGGAUCUGACGGUGUUCCAACCACCGAGACCACUUACUAUGUUGAGACCCCAUCGACUGGCUCUACAAUUUACACUCCAUGGACUGGCACUUUCACCUCGACCUACUCUACUGGUGUGAGCACGUUCACUGGAACUGACGGUAUUCAAACCACUGAGACCACUUACUACGUUGAGACUCCAUCUAAGGGUACAACUGUGUACACUCCUUGGACUGGUACUUUCACCUCGACCUUCUCUACUGGUGUAGGCACUACCACUGGAUCUGACGGUGUUCCAACCACUGAGACCACUUACUACGUUGAGACCCCAAGUGGCGCUACAACUGUGUACACCCCAUGGACUGGCACUUUCACUUCGACGUACUCUACUGGUGUGAGCACUUUCACUGGAUUUGACGGUAUUCCAACCACUGAGAUUACUUACUACGUUGAGACACCAUCUAAGGGUACCACUGUGUACACUCCUUGGACUGGUACUUUCACUUCGACCUACUCUACUGGUGUAGGCACUACCACUGGAUCUGACGGUGUUCCAACCACUGAGACCACUUACUACGUUGAGACCCCAAGUGGCGCUACAACUGUGUACACCCCAUGGACCGGUACUUUCACCUCCACUUUCUCUACUGGUGUGAGCACGUUCACCGGAUCUGACGGUAAGCCAACGACCGAGACCACUUACUACGUUGAGACACCAUCUAAGGGUACAACUGUGUACACUCCAUGGACCGGUACUUUCACUUCGACCUACUCUACUGGUGUAGUCACCACGACUGGAUCUGACGGUGUUCCAACCACUGAGACCACUUACUACGUUGAGACCCCAAGUGGCGCUACAACUGUGUACACCCCAUGGACUGGCACUUUCACCUCGACCUACUCUACUGGUGUAGGCACUACCACUGGAUCUGACGGUGUUCCAACCACUGAGACCACUUACUACGUUGAGACCCCAAGUGGCGCUACAACUGUGUACACCCCAUGGACCGGUACUUUCACUUCGACGUACUCUACUGGUGUGAGCACGUUCACUGGAUCUGACGGUGUUCCAACCACCGAGACCACCUACUACGUUGAGACACCAUCUAAGGGUACAACUGUGUACACCCCAUGGACCGGUACUUUCACUUCGACGUACUCUACUGGUGUGAGCACGUUCACUGGAUCUGACGGUGUUCCAACCACCGAGACCACUUACUACAUCGAAACGCCAGUAUCUGCUUAUUAUGGAAACACAACUAUUCAAAGGAACUCUGCUCAAGGCUCGUCAACUCUCUUGCCCGGACCAAGUUCGCUGAUUUCAACGGGCUUGAAGGUGACUACCACCGAAACUCCCCCUGCCCCCGGCGCGUCAACCACUUCUAUCGUGACUACCACAGUCAGCGGGGCUGAGACUAUUUACACGACCACCUGUCCUGUAAGCAAUCCUUCAGGAGCCUCGAACUUCCCUGGUCCUGGCUCCAGCGCCUCGACAACUUCUGUCGUGACUACCACAGUUAGUGGCAUCGAGACCAUGUACACCACAACCUGUCCUGUAAGCGAUACUACCACUGGUGCACCUGCUGCUACUGGUUCCAACUCGGGCUCCAACUCUGGCUCCAACUCUGGCUCUGGCUCCUAUGCAGCCUCGACCCUAGGCUCUGGCUCUUAUGCAGCCUCGACCCCAGGCUCUGGCUCUUAUGCAGCCUCGACCCCAGGCUCUGGCUCCAACUCUGGCUCCAACUCUGGCUCUGGCUCCUAUGCAGCCUCGACCCCAGGCUCUGGCUCCUAUGCAGCCUCGACCCCAGGCUCUGGCUCCUAUGCAGCCUCAACCCCAGGCUCUGGCAAUGGCUCUAACUCAGGCUCUAGUACUAGCGUCUCUCAAUCAACCACAACCAUCGCGCCGGAGACGCAAUCUCUCGGUCUAUUGUCCAGCACAUCGGCCAGCAAAAAGGCAGGUUCAACUGCUUCUCUAUCGGUUACUACCUAUGAUGGUGCUGCUAGCAAAAUAGGCUUUAGCUUGCUAUUUGUUUUGCCUCUAGCUUUGAUUUAG